AUGUCCAGGACCAGCACCAUGGCAAAUAGCAUUCGUCCUAAGCGGGUUCGGAUUUCUAGUCGUGGGAGUAAGGGGAAUCAGACCCUACAACUUAGCCUUCGGAAUAGACCAAUUCAAUCCAAACACAGAAUCGGGGAAGAAAGGGAUCAACAGCUUCUUCAAUUGGUACUACUUCACAUUCACAUUUGCAAUGAUGGUGUCAUUAUUGUUUAUGUUCAAUCUGAUGUGAGCUGGGCUUGGGGAUUAGCAAUUCCAACAAUCCUGAUGUUCUUAUCAUGUGUUGUAUUCUUCAUGGGAUCAAGAAUUUAUGUGAAAGUUAAGCCAGAUGGUAGUGCUUUGACUGGUGCAGUGAGAGUCAUAGUGGCUGCAAUCAAGAAGAGAAGGUUGGAAUUGCCUGAGCAACCAUGGUUGUCUCUUUUUAACCAUAAGAAAACAUUAGCUAUCAAUUCCAAUCUAGCUUAUACUGAUCAGUUCAGAUUUCUUGACAAAGCAGCAAUAAUUGACCCAGAAGAUAAAAUCAAUCCUGAUGGCUUAGCAGCCAAUCCAUGGAGACUUUGUAGUCUGCAACAAGUAGAGGAAGUUAAGUGUUUGGUUAGAGUGAUUCCCAUAUGGAUUGCAGCUCUUAUUUACUAUGUUGCCACUACCCAACAGCAAACUUAUGUAGUCUUCCAAGCUCUUCAAUCAGAUAGAUGCCUUGGCAAUACCAACUUCAAAAUCCCAGCUGCCACUUACACAAUCUUCACAAUGGUUGGCCUCACUAUUUGGAUACCAAUUUAUGACUAA